CGGUGGCUGUUGGUAUCCAUGAUUGCCUCCGGGAGCCGACUUUCUGCUUCUUGGUGUCCUUGGCUGUUGCUGACUUUUUGCUGUGUCAUACUCGUGCUGACAGAGGCCUCCGUCCUCUCACUGCUGGCUAUUGCCAUUGACCGAUACCUGCGGCUGCACAUGCCUUUCAGAUACAAAGCCAUUGUCACCCAGAGGCGCACACUGUUGGCCAUGUCCGUCUGUUGGAUACUUUCGUUUCUACUGGGAUUCACCCCUCUGCUUGGAUGGCACAAUCUCUCUGCCACUGGCUAUUAUUCCACCAACACAUCUUCUACCUUGCCUAGCUCUUCCCAAUGCACCUUCCUCUCAGUUAUCUCCCUGCCCUUUAUGGUUUAUUUCAACUUUCUCGGAUGUAUCAUGGCCCCUCUACUGGUCAUGACAUUUCUGUACAUCAUCAUCUUCUGGAGCCUGCACAAACGUCUGAAGAACAGCUGCCCUCAAGCACAGGCCAUGCUGCUCAGGGAGAAGAAGCUGGCCUGCUCACUCGCUCUGGUUCUUACAUUAUUUGCAUUCUGCUGGAUCCCUCUGCACCUGAUGAACUGUCUUCUGUUCCUCUGGGGACCUCAAGCAGUGACCCAGGGAGCACUUUAUACAGGUAUCCUUCUGUCUCACGCCAACUCAGCAGUCAACCCAGUGGUCUACGCUUGUCGCAUCCCCAAGAUCCAGAAGGCCUACGGUCAAAUAUGGAAGCAUCUCGCAUUGAAGCUCAAUUGUUUUACCAGAAAUGAAUCAAUUCAGCAGGCUAUAACAAGAGACUAGUUUAAGAAAUGUAAAUGUGUGUUUGCCAUACCAGAAAAAAAGGGCUUGCGUAAGACUUUGUAAGACUUGUUUGUGGUAUUUCAUCAAUCAAAUGCAUUAUUCUAUUAUUGUACAGCAUUGAUGAUUUCUGCCGUUAUUACAUUUAAACAUGUAGCAUGAAGACUUUUAACAAAGUCUUGAUAUGCAACUUUUGUUUUAAUGUUGGCUUUAUGUUAGUGAUAGCAAUUUAUUAAAGCUCCACUAGAGGGCACCAUACAUCAACAAACUCAACGAUUGUUGUUCAGAUAGAAUCAGAGUUGUAGCGAUGUGUGCGCGCGUGUGUUGAUGUGAGAGAGUAAAAAUAACUAACUUCUUAGCUUCUGUGACUUCUGGACAACUGAUUUGAGAAGACUAGUUUUAUUGAGAUGUACAUAUUUAAGGCAUGUAACAACUUUUGUCCACAAAAAAGCCAUAAAAUACAUAUAAAUCCUCCGGCAAGACAUUUACCUAUUCUUUAUGUUGUCUGUAAAUAAAUAAAUAAAUAAAUAAAUAAAACACUCCAGCAAAGAGAUUGUGUUGAACUGUUCAGUGGACUCCUCAGGGAAGGCAAUAGACUGUAUAGUUAUCACCUCAGCAGGGUGCAGUCCCACCUACCAAACUAUACAACCUACUACCUCACCCUGACAGAACCCAAGUCAAACACACCGCACAUAAACUGAUUGAGGAAGUAAU